CCGAGGCGGCCGUCAGUUGGCAAUAAACAGUCAUCGUGUACGGUUGCACAGAUUCCCCACGCUCGGCGCGCAAAUACCGAAUCAGCGGUCAAUCGCAGGUGUGUGGUUUUGGUGUGUCGGCGAGUGAUUUUGUUUGUUGUUUGCCAAUAACGUGGCCAAAAUUUCGUACGAAAGAUUUGUACCGCGUAGAAGAAGCUGUGUGAUUCUGUGAUCUGUGCGGUUGAUUUUCUUAGGUGAGACACGAUAACGCUGGGCUAUAUUCAAGAUCAGCCGGACUCACAUAACAAGUUGUACGCAAAAACGGCCGAAGAACGGUUCGGUUCGACGAACAAUUUCAACUAGAUAACAAAGUACAACCGGCUUUUGUUUACUUCUUUUGGUUGCGGAUGAUCGGAUGGCAGUGGGGUUAAGCUUAGAUCCGUAAUAUUACCAUCGAUCGUGUUUACCACGUCACCAACGGCAGUUUGACAUCGCACGCGAUCGGAUUAGAAAUAGAAAUUGUUCUUCCUUUCGCGAAGUGAGUGGAUUGAAAAUUUUGCAAUUACGAAGAGCAGAAUAGUGUGCUAUUUUUAUCUGCGGUUGAUUUUUCCGGAUUCGUGUUCACAGCGAAAGUGCGACAAAGUAGAGGAGCAUAAUUAGCAUCACUAUUACCCCGCAAGCAUGUUCUCGACAACGAUCGAUUUGAGCAGAUUUUAUAAUCGCCUCAGCCUCUUGAUAACCGUCCUGAUGACCGUGAGUCUGGCGAAAAUCAAAGCGGAAAACUGUGGCCAGGAGGAGCUUGCCCGAUGUGCCCGGCCAUUUCAGGUUCUCCAGUCCUCAACGGAUCUAUCGAUAGCGACCAAAAAGGAGGAACUAGAUAAAAUAUGUCCUGAUUUGAAUGCAGGCCUGCAGUGUAUCCGGAGCUACACCCGGCGCUGUAUGACCCUGGAGCAGCGGGAUCGUUUCAAUAAACUCUAUAAUGGCACCCAUCAAUUCGUGCGUGAUCUCUGUAAGGAGGGACCAUACCAGAACGAGUUCCUGUCACAUGCACCCUGCUUGCAGCGCGUCAAACCGGACUACGAGGUGUGCGGUCGGAAGUAUCACAACACGGUCUCGGUCAUCACUCAGCAGCAGCAGCAGCAGCAACAGCAUCACCACCAGAGUCGCCACGAGAAACAUCACCAACAGCAACAACAACAACAACAACCAAAUCAUCACACCCAGGCCGGCAGGAAUGCUGAGGAUGACGUGCGAACGGUUUGCUGUUCGUUCAUUGAAUACCUGGACUGCUCCGAGAGCGCGGCCAAGAAGACGUGUGGAUCGGAUACGGCUCGGUUCACACGUGGCUUCCUGGACAAAAUGUCAUCAACGUUGAUUAAGAUGUACUGCGAGGAUUACUAUCGCUCGAACAAGUGUCCCUCAAUGCAAUCAUCCGCCGUCAGUUCCGGUGGUCCCUACAGCACUCUACUACUGCUAGCACCAACGAUACUCUCCAUCUUCAGCACCUACUUUCCGACGCUCAGUUUACUCCGAUUACGAUAAGAGCUCCAGUUGUACGCCGUUAGUUCUGUGUUUCGAAACCGCCACUUCUCGCGGCACGUCGGUUCAUCUGGUCACUCCGAUGUUCCGCUGUAAGCUGUAAGAUUGGCCCUCUCUGAUUAGUCAUUAGUGCAAGGGUAAUAAAGAAAUUUUGUUAACGCGUUCAUUGCGUAACCGCGAACCGAAUGGGGGCUUUGAAUGGCAUCACACCGAGGAACACUGCUGGAACGAAUGGGGCCACAAGCAAUUAGUAUUAAUUAAUUUAUUGAGCUGAAUUAUUCGGCCAAGGGGGGGCUAAAGGUUUGGUUUGUCUCCCCACUCCACCAGCAGCGACGGAUGCAAAAAGCACGCAAUGAUCACCUACUAUCAAAUUGGCCAUUUUUCACAAUCGAACCUGCAAGUAAAUACCGUAAGGGAGGUGGCAGUGGUGGCGUUCGAUGGUUAUUACUGAAAACGGUUCCGUCUUGAUUAGUUUUAAUAAUAAGCGCGAGGUUAGUUAAGGAUAGUUAAAAGUUAGUGGUUAGUCGUAACUGAUAUAGUAUGUAAUGUUGCGGGCGGUGUGUGUAUAUAUGUGAGAAUUUUGACUUUAGAAACGAUUAAGGUCAACCAGUAACAACUGCAUGUAUAAUUAUAACAGGAAAUAGCUUUAGAUAGAAAUGGUCAGAAACUGUAAAACAGAAGAAAAAAUGUGAGAACAAGUUUCUACGGAGUUAUUAACUAGAGUCAUUAAUGAUUGAACAUAUCAGUGGAAUUUGUCACAGAAAAUAAAUUUCCAAAACUAAAAAAAAAUCUGAGGUUACUAAUUGUUUCGACUGAUAUCUUCUCAGUUUUUGUAAUCAAACUUUUUGAUCUGUUUUAUUUCAAUUUUAUUUUAAUUUGCUAGGUAGCAGUGAAUUGUGGGAAAAUCUAUCCCAUGAAUCCAAAUCAUUUUCCAUACUCUCAUAUAACAAAACGGUUAGCUCAAAUCAAAAAACAAAUUAGCUAAAAGGCAGCAAAUGGACGACGAGAUCACCGGGUGUCGAAUCAGUACAAACACACACACAAUCGAUAAUGAUUUUUCACGAGAGCUUGAUUCCUACUGCUUGAGCAUCACGUUAAAGGAGAAAAAGAAUCAUCGUUGAGCUGAAUCUUAUCACUCUAGGUAAAACUAUAAAUUACGCUACUCAUAAAUUGAAACCAAAUAUUAGAGCGUAAAUAAACACAAUUAUUACA